ACAGUUCACUCAGUUGUAUCCACGUUAAUACACACGCGUCGACUGCCACUGUAUCGUUGAACCCUCACAUCUUCAACGUAUAUCAUCAAGAUCGACUACACCGCUCAUGAACUCGAUUGCCACCCAAUUCACCAAUGCCAACCGUAAUGGCGUGUUGGAAGAAAUCAAUGGCACCUACGGGUCAGGUCCUGCCACGCUCGAGCUUGCCCCUACGAUGCAAUUGCCGCCCAUCUCACAGCCCACGGCGUUCUUGAGAGCCCACACCGACGAUGCGGCCAACCCCGACUGUAAAAUUAAACUCGCCCAUGGUACCACCACGUUGGCGUUCAGAUACAAGGGAGGAAUUGUCAUUGCCGUUGACUCGAGAGCUUCACAAGGAAACUUCACUGCGUCCCAAACUGUCCACAAAGUCAUCAGAAUCAACCCAUUUUUGUUGGGGACCAUGGCUGGCGGUGCUGCUGAUUGUCAAUACUGGGAGACCUGGUUGGGUACUCAAUGUAGAUUGCAUGAGUUAAGAGAAAAGGAAAGAAUCUCCGUGGCUGCUGCUUCCAAGCUUUUGGGAAACUUGGUGUACAACUACAAGGGAAUGGGGUUGUCUAUGGGGACCAUGAUUUGUGGAUACACCCAAAAGGAAGGUCCUGCGCUCUUUUAUGUUGAUUCGGAUGGAACCAGAUUGAAAGGAGACAUGUUCUGUGUGGGGUCUGGACAGACCUUUGCGUACGGAGUGUUGGAUUCUGAGUAUAAAUGGGACAUGCCUGAGGAAGAAGCAUUAUAUUUGGGUAAGAGAUCGAUUUUAGCUGCUGCUCAUAGAGAUGCUUAUUCUGGAGGAUCGGUUAACUUAUACCAUAUCGACAUCAACGGAUGGAAAUACCACGGCAACUUCGACGUGGGAGAGUUGUUCUGGGAAGUCAAAGAAAAGGAACAAUCUUUCAAUAACGUGGCUGCCUAGUUUUUAUAUACACCUAUCUAUCUAAUGCUAAUGUUAAAGUAU